AGUACAGUGAGAGAGACCUGUUAAGUGUUGCCAGCUACCGCUGCCACAGGCACUGCGAGCUCACACAUUUCGUCAUGCUGCGUGCGGGCCUUCGACGACAGCUCCUAGCUAUCGCUAGCGCGAGUCUGGCGAUGGUGUCGAUGGGUGUGGUGCUGGCGUGGUCGUCGCCGGCGGUGCCCAAACUCCCCCACCUGACGGCCGCCGAGGCGUCGUGGGUGGGGUCCCUGCCGUCGCUGGCGGCUGCGCUGGGCCCCUGGCUGGGCGGCUGGGCGGCGGACCGCGUGGGGCGGCGCGCCACCGCCCUCCUGGGGGCGGUGCCCAUGGCCGGCAGCUGGGUGGCGCUCAUGUUCGUCGAGCACGCGCCCACCUGGCUCUGCGUCGUGCGGUUCGUCUCGGGACUCGGCAUCGGACUCAUCGUGACCUCGCUCAGCAUGUACGGCGCCGAGAUCUCCCAGGCCAACAUCAGGGGCGCCCUGCUUAUGCUGCAACAGCCGUCUAUAACGACGGGCUUCAUGCUCGACUACUGCAUCGGCCCUUUCGUGUCGUACACUACGCUAGCGGCCAUAGGGCUGGCCGUGCCUCUCCUGUUCAUGGUGACCUUUUUCUGGGUGCCAGAGUCGCCCUACUACCUGCUGGCUAGGGGCAGGGACGAGGAAGCCGAAAGCUCUCUCCGGCGGCUGAGAUGGGACCUGGAUAAAGGAGCAGUGGAGGAGUCCAAGGAGAACGAAGCGUCGGUGCUGGACCUGUUCCGGUCCCGCAGGUGCCGCCGUGCGCUGGUCAUCUCACUGGGCUUGGUCUGCGCUGAGCAGCUGGCGGGCAUCAACGCGGUGCUCUUCUACAGCCAGAGCAUCUUCGACGCCGCUGGCGGCGACGUGGACAGCCGGGUGGCGCCCAUCAUCGUCAACGGCGCCAUGCUGAUUGAGUCGUGCGUCACGCCCUUCCUGGUGGACCGCCUGGGCCGCAGACCCAUGCUCAUCUUCUCCUCCACUGGCAUGUCUGUCGCCCUGACUGUUCUGGCUGUGUAUUUCUACCUGAGUGACACGGGAAAAAACGUCGAAGACAUCGGCUGGCUUCCACUCACUGCUCUGGUCUUCUACAUCAUCACCUACACUUCAGGUUACGGUGGUCUGACGGCCACUGUUCCAGCAGAAAUCUUCUCGCAGAACGUCAAGUCCGUGGCAUUACCUGUGGCUACUUUCGUUUCCUGGACCAUGUCCUUCUUGGUGACGAGGUUCUUCGAGGACAUUUCCAGCGCCGUUGGCAACUACGGACCCUUCUUUCUGUUCGCAGCUUGCUCCCUACUCGCCUCGUUCCACGUCUACUUUUUGCUGCCUGAAACGAAGGGGAAGACUUUGGAAGAGAUACAGGUUAUGCUUGAAAGCGCAACGUCUGAUACUUUGAUACUGGGCUACAGAUACUUGUUGGACCAGUGCGCACCUGCACUGAAAUAUGAUUCUAUGUUUAGAAACAGUGGCGAAAGAGGGGUGAACAUAUAUCCACGAACAACACCAAGCUCGAGCUGUGAUUCAACCACCACAGCUGCCAUGUAA